GCAGCCCCUUGCCGGAAAGGUCCACGGUGGCACCUGCAGGAACCCCCAGCAACCAUUGCGACGGCCGGAGAGAGCGGCAGAGCAAAGCAAUCCUCUCUUCCUUUUCCUCUUCCUGUCGCUACAGCCGCCAUGAAGGUCGAGCUUUGCAGUUUCAGCGGCUAUAAGAUCUACCCCGGCCACGGCCGGCGGUACGCGCGGAUCGACGGAAAGGUGUUCCAGUUCCUGAACGCCAAGUGCGAGUCGGCAUUUUUGUCCAAGAGAAACCCGAGGCAGAUCAACUGGACCGUGCUGUACAGGCGUAAACACAAAAAGGGCCAGUCUGAAGAGGUGACGAAGAAGCGUACCCGCCGUGCGGUCAAGUUCCAGAGGGCCAUCACUGGUGCCUCCCUGGCUGAAAUCCUGGCCAAGCGGAACCAGAAGCCCGAGGUGCGCAAGGCCCAGCGAGAGCAGGCUAUCAGGGCUGCUAAGGAAGCGAAGAAGGCCAAGCAGGCAACCAAGAAGGCUGCUGCACCCCCUGCUAAGGUUCCCACCAAGGCUGCAACCAAGCAGAAGAUCGCCAAGCCCAUGAAGGUCAGCGCUCCCCGUGUUGGUGGGAAACGCUAAAUUUGUCUUGGGUAGCGGCUGCUAAUAAAGUCCUCACAAUAUUACAAA